UGAAGCUGUAUUAGGUAAAGGUCCAUUAAGGUACAUGAUCGCAAGAGCCAAAGAUGGAGAGUUGAUUGGUGCGAGAAUAUCAGGAAAAGGGCCAUUCUUUACUAAAAUACCGGAGAACUUGGUGGAAGGGGAACACCGAAAAUUACAGUUGGGGGAUCUUGUUGAGGUAGGUGAAUGGGAGGACAGAGAGGGGUAUGAAGUGUUAGGUAAAUUCGCGGCAAAUGGACCGAAUGAUCCAGCGGCCCAAGGGCGUUAUCCCCCGUGGUUAUUUUCAGGUACAAUAAACUACCAGGCCACCGCGACGUCGGCAACAGUUGAAUUAGUUAGAGAAGCCCCAACUUGGCUACCAGCCUUAGUAGUUUCUGUGAACAUUAACAGAGCAAGGGGUACAUUUAAAUCGGCGGAGCUAAUGGCACCAGAUAUGCUUCGUAGCCAGGUAAUUAAUUCCAGACAACUCACAAAUAUUCACCAUGAAGACCUACGAACCGGUCACUUCAUCGAGGUAAAUUUGUGUGCAAUUAAUUCCCCACAGAUAUGGAGAAUGGGUUCCUCAUAUAUUCUACCUGAGAAAACUCCAUUCCGUGUCGGUGAUGAAGUAUGGGCGCACCAGAACUGGAUUAUUAUCGGAGCUAGGCCAUUGUCAGAACAGAUUUCUUAUCCACUCCGAGCAAACUUUUCGUCGUCUAGGAGAUGUUGA